GCAAGCUAGCCUUAAGAAAUUUUGCCGGUGUAAAAAUCCCCUAGCUGGAGAACAUCGAGAAAAAUCGUGGCUGUUUCGCUCCGGACCCGGACCGUGUUAUCGUUGUGAAGAGACGACUCAAUUUUUAACGUUUCGAAAAUGGCUAUGCACAUACCGAAAGCGCCUGGCAUAGCGCAGAUGCUCAAGGAGGGGACCCGCUGCUUUUCGGGCCUGGAUGAAGCAGUCUACAGAAAUAUUACAGCCUGUAAACAAUUUGCAGAUACUGUAAGAAGCGCAUACGGUCCUAAUGGGAUGAAUAAGAUGAUCAUUAAUCAUAUUGAAAAACUGUUUGUAACUAAUGAUGCAGCGACGAUUAUCAAUGAGUUAGAAGUGGAGCAUCCAGCUGCAAAGUUGUUGGUUUUUGCAUCAAAAAUGCAGGAAGCUGAAGUAGGAGAUGGAACAAACUUUGUUAUUAUCUUUGCUGGAGCUUUGCUUCAUGCUGCGGAAGAAUUGCUUCGUUUAGGAAUAACAACUUCAGAGAUUGUUGAAGGUUAUGAAAGUGCCUUGAACAAAGCACUCGAAAUUUUGCCAACAUUAGUUGUUCACGAAGUAAAGGAUGUACAUUCCGAAGACCAAGUGAGGAAGGGGAUCAGGACUGCUAUUAUGAGCAAACAAUAUGGAAAUGAGGAUAUUCUCGCUUCUCUUGUUACUCAAGCUUGCGUUUCGAUUUUACCAGAGAAAACAACAUUCAAUGUCGAUAAUGUACGGGUUUGCAAAAUACUCGGAGGUGGUUUGAACAAUUCCCAAGUUAUCCAAGGCAUGGUGUUUAAGCGUCAUGUAGAAGGAGAAGUCGCAAGAAAAACCAAUGCAAAGAUCGCGGUUUAUACUUGUGCCGUGGACAUCACACAGACUGAGACUAAGGGUACUGUGCUGAUAAAGACAGCCGAUGAGCUUUUGAAAUUCUCGCGCGGCGAGGAAUCAUUUCUGGAAAAUCAAAUCAAAUCAAUUGCUGAUAGCGGCGCCGAGGUAGUAGUGUCAGGCGGAAAAUUUGGAAGCAUGGUCUUACACUAUAUGAACAAAUACAAUCUGAUGGCUGUUCGUAUCCCGAGCAAGUUUGAUAUCAGACGACUUUGCAAAACUGUCGGUGCCACCGCGCUUUCGAAGCUGAUACCUCCAUCAAAAGAAGAGUUGGGAUAUGCCGAUACGGUACACAUAGACGAAUUGGGAGACACUAUAGUGGUAGUGUUCAAACUGGAUGGAAAGGAAAGUCGCGUCAGUACUGUGCUCGUGCGUGGUUCCACCGAGAAUUACAUGGACGAUAUCGAACGCGCGAUCGAUGACGGUGUCAAUACCUUCAAGGGCAUCACGAAAGACGGUAGAUUUGUCCCGGGGGCGGGUGCCACGGAACUCGAGCUUGCCGCGCAGUUGGCGUUAUACGCGGACACGUUACCCGGCCUAGAACAGUACGCAGCGCGCAAAUUUGCCACUGCCUUGGAGAUAUUCUCUAAGACGCUGGCUGAGAGCAGCGGUGUUCAUGCUUCUGAGCUUCUGUCAAAGUUAUAUGCAGCCCACAAGGAGGGAAAGAAGAAUUACGGUUUCGAUAUCGAUGGUGAAGGUGCAGCUUUGAUCGAUACCGUCGAGGCAGGAAUCCUGGAUCUAUAUUUGACAAAGCAAUGGGCGAUGAAAUAUGCGGUCGGUGCAGCGUGCACAGUUCUCAAAGUAGAUCAAAUUAUUAUGGCAAAGCGGGCAGGCGGCCCAAAGGUUCCAUCGGGAGGCGGUCGUGAUGAAGAUGAUUAAUAAAACAAA